ACCGGCGCUAUGGCAGCAUGAGGAGCGCACAACACCAAGUCCGAUGCGUAAAAGCUCUCCACGGCGCCGCUCGCAGGUGCGCACGGAACGCGUCCCGGCUGCACCCACGAGCUACAAGAGGGUUUGUUUAAAAAUUUUAAAGGCGAAUUUUUAAUUUUUCCCUCCUUCUUGCUGGGUUGUUGUUUUUGUGCGCGUGCCUGAGCGCUGUCGAGGAUAUCCUGAUUUGGACAUGUGAGUUUCACGGGAGUUAAACAAGAAAGAAAAGAACGAAGAUGAAUCUCGCCGCCUGCGUCCUUGUCGCUCUGCUGGUGAUCCGAGCGAGUGCGUCGCAGUCAGUUUGUCCCGGUACGGAGAAUAAGCUGAGCACUUUGUCUGACCUGGACCAGCAGUACCGCACCCUGAAGAAGCUCUACGAGAAUUGUGAGGUUGUCAUGGGUAAUUUGGAGAUUACCAGCAUCGAUCGAAACCGCAACCUGUCCUUCCUCAAGUCCAUCAGGGAGGUGACUGGCUACGUGUUAGUGGCUCUCAACCAGUUUGACUACCUGCCACUGGAAAACCUAAGAAUCAUCAGAGGCACCAAACUCUACGAGGGUCGUUAUGCACUCGCCAUCUUCCUCAACUACAGACGGGAUGGCUACUAUGGCCUGAGGCAACUGGGACUGCGCAAUCUCACAGAGAUACUGAACGGGGGUGUUUACGUUGACCAGAACAAAUUCCUGUGCCAUGCGGACACCAUCCACUGGCGUGACAUUAUCAAGAACCCCCAGGCUGAACUUCUGGUGGUACCAACCAACAACAGCAAUCUGGGGUGCAGACGGUGUCAUCGCACGUGUAACGGACGCUGCUGGGGGGAUCAGGAAGACCAGUGCCAAACCUUGACAAAGACGGUGUGUGCAGAGCAGUGUGACGGUCGAUGCUUCGGGCCUUACGUCAGCGACUGCUGCCAUCGCGAGUGUGCCGGCGGCUGCUCGGGCCCCAAGGACAUGGAUUGCUUCGCUUGCACCAAUUUCAACGACAGUGGAGCGUGCGUGACCCAGUGCCCUCAGCCAUUUGUGUACAACCCCACAUCUUUCCAGCUGGAGCACAACCCCAGGGCCAAGUACACCUACGGAGCCUUCUGUGUCAAGAAAUGUCCACAUAACUUUGUGGUGGACCACAGUUCCUGUGUGAGAGCUUGUCCCAGCAACAAGAUGGAGGUGGAGGAGAAUCGCAUCAAAAUGUGUAUCCCCUGCACCUACAUUUGUCCAAAAGUGUGUGACGGCAUCGGUACAGGCAGCCUGCAGACGGCUCAAACCGUGGACGCCAGCAAUAUUGACAAAUUUGUCAACUGCACCAAGAUAAACGGCAACCUCAUCUUCCUCAUUACUGGCAUUAAUGGUGACAAGUAUCACGGCAUCGGGCCGCUGGAUCCUGAGCGUCUCAACGUGUUUCGGACUGUGAAAGAGAUCACAGGUUAUCUCAACAUCCAGUUUUGGCCUGAGAACAUGACAGAUUUGGGUGUUUUUUCCAACCUGGAAACUAUAGGAGGCCGAUCUCUGUAUAGUGGAGGUGGCAUUUCUCUGUUGAUCCUGAAGCAACGCUGGAUCUCCUCGCUCCAGUUCCAGUCUCUUGGUGAGAUCAGUGCCGGUGAUGUCUACAUCUUCAACAACAGCCGCUUGUGUUUCUACAACACUGUCAAUUGGACCUCACUGUUCAGAACAUCCAACCAGAAGGUUCGACUUGAAUAUAACAGAGAUCCCAAAGAAUGCACUGAGAAGUGGAUGGUGUGUGACCGCAUGUGUUCAGAUGGCGGCUGCUGGGGCCCGGGGCCUGACCAGUGCCUUUCAUGCCGAUAUUUCAGACGUGACCGCACCUGCGUUGAAUCUUGCAACCUUUUUGAUGGGGAGGUGCGUGAAUUUGCCAAUGGUUCUGUGUGCCUGGAGUGUGACAGCCAGUGUGAGAAGAUGGAUGGUAAUGCCGUGACAUGUCUUGGACAGGGUCCCGAUCAGUGUGUCAAAUGCCUCCACUUUAAAGAUGGACCCAACUGCAUUGAGAAGUGUCCUGAUGGACUUCAGGGGACAAACAGUUUCAUCUUUAAAUACCCCAAAGCCAACAACGAGUGCCAUCCCUGCCACGCCAACUGCACACAGGGGUGCAUCGGACCGAGACUCCAGGAUUGUAUUGGGAUGAUGGACAGGACACCGUUAAUAGCAGCUGGCAUUAUCGGCGGCCUAUUUAUCAUCGUCAUUCUGGCUCUCAGUGUGGCCGUUUAUGUUCGACGCAAAAGCAUCAAGAAGAAACGGGCCUUACGGCGCUUCCUGGAGACUGAGCUGGUGGAACCCUUGACGCCAAGUGGAACAGCACCUAAUCAGGCUCAGCUGAGGAUCCUGAAAGAGACGGAGCUGAAGAGGGUGAAGAUUCUCGGUUCAGGAGCUUUUGGAACAGUUUACAAGGGCAUCUGGGUCCCAGAAGGUGAAACGGUGAAGAUCCCCGUCGCCAUUAAAAUCCUAAACGAAACCACGGGUCCGAAAGCCAACGUGGAGUUCAUGGAUGAGGCCCUGAUCAUGGCCAGCAUGGAGCACCCCCACCUGGUGCGCCUGUUGGGUGUCUGCCUGAGCCCCACCAUCCAGCUGGUCACCCAGCUCAUGCCACAUGGCUGCCUCCUUGACUACGUGCAUGAGCACAAGGACAACAUUGGAUCCCAGCUGCUGCUCAACUGGUGCGUCCAAAUUGCAAAGGGGAUGAUGUACCUGGAGGAGAGGAGGCUCGUCCACAGAGACUUGGCAGCCCGGAACGUGUUGGUGAAGUCACCCAACCACAUCAAGAUCACUGACUUCGGCCUGGCGCGCCUCUUGGACGCAGAUGAGAAGGAGUACAACGCUGACGGGGGGAAGAUGCCAAUCAAAUGGAUGGCUCUGGAAUGCAUCCACUAUCGGAAAUUCACCCAUCAGAGUGAUGUUUGGAGUUACGGAGUGACCAUCUGGGAGCUGAUGACAUUCGGAGGCAAACCGUACGACGGCAUUCCCACGCGGGAGAUCCCGGACAUCCUGGAGAAAGGGGAGCGCCUUCCCCAGCCACCCAUAUGCACCAUAGAUGUCUACAUGGUCAUGGUCAAAUGUUGGAUGAUUGAUGCAGACAGCAGGCCGAAGUUCAAAGAACUGGCCGCGGAGUUCUGCAGAAUGGCUCGUGACCCCCAACGGUACCUGGUCAUCCAGGGGGACGACCGUAUGAAGCUUCCCAGCCCCAAUGACAGCAAGUUUUUCCAGAGCCUUCUGGAUGAAGAAGACUUGGAAGACUUAAUGGACGCUGAGGAGUACCUUGUGCCUCGUACAUUCAACACAGCUCCUCCAUCGUACACAGCUCGACCUCGCGUUGACUCCAACAGAAACCAGUUUGGCUAUCGGGAUGGUGGUCAGAAUCCGGCGGAAGGAUCUGGAGCAGGGGCCCAAGCUUGUGCUAACCAGGAAGCCUCUGGCGGCCAAUGUGCAGGUCUGGAGGACCAGCGGUGUAACGGGAACCUGCAUAAGAAGAGUCUGAGCCAAACUGGAGGGGAAGACAGCGGCGGCCAACGCUACAGCGCCGACCCCACCAUUUUCUUGGGUGAAAGAGGAUCCAGAGUGGACACAGAUGAGGAUGGAUACAUGACGCCAUUGAAGGACAAAAGUUCCUCAGAAUACCUGAAUCCAAUUGAGGAGAAUCCAUUUGUCUCACGAUGUAAAAACGGUGAGAUCCAUGCACUGGACAACCCGGGCUACCACAGCACACCCAACAGUCAGCCCAAAGGAGAGGAUGAGUACAUUAACGAGCCCCUCUACCUCAACACGUUCCACAAUCCUGCUGAUCUGGGCUUAGAAGUCCUGAGGAGAAAUGGUCUGUCCCUUCCCACCCAGCCUUCCUCUUCUGUCUCAGCUACAACUUCAGGCACCCACCUCCCUCUUACUAUUCAGACCAGCCUUCCACAUUACCCCCUGUCCACCUCUCAGCCCUCUCCAUCUGGCAUACCCUGCCACCACGGUCCAUCAACCCACAUCCUACAUACUCACCAUGCUAUUAAACCUGCAGGGCAACCUGGAAAUCCAAGUGGAAACGCUGCCAUCCUCAGCCAAACAGGAACUACUGCCCAAGCCCAGGUGUGCCAGUCAGGUGCCCUGUCAACCUCAGCCCCGAUUGGCCACGGCAGCCUGCCAGUUUACCAGAGCCACACCGCCACACACCCAGCCAGCAUGCUAAAGCAGGGGGGACAUACAUCGGGGAAAGCAAGUGGGAAGAAGCUGAAGGUGACCUUUGACAAUCCAGAAUACUGGCAGCACAGCUUGCCUCCCAAAUCAUCCAGCCAGGUGGUUUCUGAAGGUGCCCAGGGAGGUUCCACCAACGCCAAGCUCUUCUUUAAGCAGAAUGGACACAUACGGCCAGCAGUAGCUGAAAAUCCCGAGUACAUGUCUGAGUUCGCUUUUAAAUCCGGCACAGUCCUGCCACCUCCACCCUACCGGCAACGGAACACUGUGGUCUAAAGUUGGUCAAUUUGUCUCUCACCUCCAAUAUAAUGGACAUCCCCUCCGGUUCCACUGUCCCACACAGAGUGGAGUGUCUGCAACCUGAGCUGGCCCGCUUUUUGCUAAACAACAACGUGCCAUCUGCUCUCGACUGUAGCCACAUCAGAAAGAAGCAGACCGAACAGAAUCGAGCAGGCCCAACUCAGACACAUACCUUCAUUAGAUUUAAUCCAGUCCAUUUAUGUUCUGUAGAUAGAGCCUGUGCUCCGAGCAUCUCAGAAUGUGAAGUGUGACCCCAGGCUAAGCUGUCUUUCAGC